AUGGCCUACAGCCGGCAAGAAGGGAAGGAUAAAAUUGUAUUUGUGACCAAAGAAGACCACGAAAGCCCCAGCAAUGCCGAGCUGGUGGUUGACGACCCCGCUGAUCCCUAUGCGGAGUAUGGACUGACUCUGCCAAAUGGGAACAUUAACUGGAAUUGCCCCUGCCUUGGAGGAAUGGCCAGCGGCCCCUGUGGAGAGCACUUCAAGUCUGCCUUUUCCUGCUUCCACAACAGCACGGACGAAGGCAGGGGAUCCGAGUGUGUAGGUCAGUUCCAGGCCAUGCAGGAGUGCAUGCAGAAAUACCCAGACAUCUAUCCCCAAGAAGAGAAUGAGGACAUGGAAGAGAACGAGGACGAAGAUUCAGACGACUUCUACCAGGAGGGCCUGGAGAACUAUGAGGACGAAGAACAGAUGGAUGAAGAAGAGAUCGAUGAUGACGAUGACUACUACGAGGGGGUUGAGAAUGAGGAUGAAGAGGAGGAUGAAGAGGAGGAGGAUGGCGACUACUACUAUGAAGAAGAGGAGGAGGAGGAGGAGGAGGAUUAUUAUGAGGACUAUUACGAGGACAACUACUACCAUGACAAUGACUAUUACUAUGAGAACGAUGACUACUAUGAAGAGAACAAUAACUACUAUGAAGAGGAAGAAGAAGAUGACAUCUACUACGAGGCUGACUACCUGGAGGAGGAUGAGGAAGAAGAGGAUGAGGAUGUUUACUAUGAGGCUGACUACUUCGACGAGGAGGAGGAGGGGCAAGAGAAAGAGGGGCCAGAAGGUCCAGAGGAGCCAGCAAAAUCCCGGGAGAAAGCAGAUGCCACUGAGGACUCCUCUGAAGACAAGUCGCAGUACUUCAGCGCCUGA